AUGGGUAAAUGCUUUCUAAUUCGUCGUAUCUAUGAUUUGUUAAAUUAUAAAUCAACAACGACUACAGAAUUACACAAACAAUUCUUCGAAGUUGAAUGUGAUCAAGUAUUAUUUAAUGAUUUAGGAAUUCAUGGAAAUGAUAUAAACGAAGAAAAAUCAAUAUUGAGGGGAUUUCCUUUAGGAGGAUCCUUGGAAUUAACCACGAAAUUAUCAUCAUUACCAACGGAAUGUCUCACACUAAUAUUUCAAAACGUAGGAUUUUCGGGAUUAUUCUCGUGUUUAUUGGUAUGUCGCGCAUGGUGUAGAAAAGUGGUACCUAUAUUAUGGUCAAAACCUUUUGAUAAAUUACCAAAAGAUAAUAGAUAUAAACUCAUUAGAACGUACAUAACAAGUCUUUCGACGGAAGAAAAAUCCUUCUUAAAUUUACAACUAAAGAAACACGGGUUUAGUAUUCCAAACACGACGAUUAGCUUAUUUAAUUACCCGAUAUAUUUAAAAGAAUUAUCAUACGUAGAAUUAUAUCAAGCCGUCGAUUCUGGGAUAAAAUAUUAUCGUAAAUCAUUCAUUGGACGUAAUACUUAUAAAUUAACCUUCUUAAUAACGAAAUCAUUAUGUAAAAUGUUUUUAACAAAGAAUAUAAAUGAUUCAUCUUAUCAUUUACAAUCAUUUAAAAUAGAUAAAUAUUUCAUACAAAUUAACGAUAUCUUUCCCGAGAUUGACUUGUUUUCCAAGGUUUAUCCGGGAUUGUCACAAAUCACGAAAUUUUCAUUAAAUUAUUAUAAUCCCAUUUCAGAUAACCUUUUCAAAUUGUUACAAUAUUUCCCUUCAUUAUGCAAAGGGUUAUGUUACUUGGACAUUACCUUACCUUAUUUUGAAAACAAUACCAUCAUAAUCGAUUUAUUAAUUUCUAUCAUUAAGGCUCAAAGAUCUUUACAAGAAUUUAAUUUAUCUGGUGCUAGGAUUGGGGCGAAUUUUAUCAUACCUAACCUUUUUUCUUUUCAUUGUAAUAGUUUGGUUUCAGUGAAGUUCAAAAAUGUUAAUUUUCAUAAGGUUAAUUUACAUUUGAUAACUUCUUGUAAAAGAUUAGAAAAUCUUACAAUUUAUCAUUGUACCGGUUUAACAAGAUCUAGUUUACCUUCAGCAAAUAACCUUUUAAACGACAAUUCAACAUAUUUUUUUGACUAUAAUGGAAUGAGGUUGAAAUCAUUAAACAUUGGAUGUUCUCCGAAAUGUUCACAAAUUCCGAAAAUAAUCCUUGAAUCUCCACUUACAGAAACGUGUCAAGAAUUAUGCUUGGAUUUAAUCACACCAGAAAUCAUUAACGCCACGAGACGAAAUUGUCAAAACGUUACCACAUUGAAACUCCGAGAUUAUUUUAUCAUCAAUGACGUUAUUAAAGAAUCCUCAUCGAAAAUUUCCUCCUCCUUAUUAUUUAAUUUAUUUCAUGGAUUAUUAUUAGAAAAAUUGAUAAUUAGCAUUAGUCCAAAGAAUAGUGAUUAUGAUGAAUUAAAUGUUCGUGCUAUAGAUUUACCACCAAGUUGUUGGUAUUUGGAAUUACGAUGUGGAUUUUCUGAAAGACAAUUAUAUGAAUUGUUAUUAAGCAAAGAUUGUGUAGCUCCGAUUAGCUUAUUAAUCUUGGAUUAUUUGAAAUUAAAUAUUUUUCAUUUAAUGACCGUGAGAGAUUUUGCAAUGGUGAAAGGAACAUUAAAAUAUUUUGAAAUUGGUGGAAGAAAAGAUUUUGAUAAAAGCGAAUUGAAAGUGAUCAAAGAUUUACAAAAUGAAUAUAAUGUUACUGUUAUUUUUCAAGAAAAUUAA